UGAAAAAUCAGUGGGAAUCCGAUAAAUGAGAAAGGCAUGAUUCCAAGAAGCCAGUGGGAUCCCAAUGUCACCGCCAAAUUUGCCACCCAUAGUCGUUUAUGCGACCCCUUCUUCCUUCCUUCACAAAUGCCUGCUGCCCUUUCCUGUUAGCUGUUCUCUUCUCUCCCCUCUCUCUCUCUCUCCCUCUCUCUCCCUCUCUCUCUGGUUGACUAUUCAGAAACGAUCCGUUCCGCCAUUAACGAAGGCCAACGAAAUCGACAGAUGAAUGCGUUGAAGGAAAAGGUCACGAACAAGGUCUCUCGCCUCUUCGCCGAUUCGCCUUCCUCCGCGCCAUCUCCCACCACCCUCGACUCCCCUCCCAACUCUCCUCCGGCCAAAUCAAAUUCUCAAGGAGGAAAAUCAUUGUCAUCAUUCUUUUCUUACAUAAGCUUCGAUGGGUUCAAAUCCAACAAGCGUCAACAUGAUAUUAAACCAAUUCAAUCACUUCCUGUUGGAUGGAGAAGUCAAUAUAUUGCAGUUCCCGAUGAAAACUUGGAUGAGUAUGUUGAUUGUGAACCUUCAUUUGAUAACAAAGAAAUAUUGAAUGGUCAUGAAGAGGAGGGACAUGCCCCUGGAAGUAGCACUAGUUGUUCUGACAUGUUUGAAGAUGCUGCUAGCCCACAGACAGCGGAGAAAGCAAUGUCUUAUCUCUCAGAUGAAUCUACACUUAUUUCUUUAGAUUUAUAUGAAUUCUUGCAGUCUUCUCUUCCUAACAUAGUGAAAGGGUGCCAAUGGGUCCUGCUGUAUAGUACGUUGAAACAUGGAAUAUCGCUUCGUACGCUUAUUCGUAAGAGUGCAGACCUUUCCGGUCCUUGUUUGUUGGUUGUAGGAGACAUGCAAGGUGCUGUUUUUGGAGGGCUGCUAGAAUGUCCCCUGAACCCUACUUCAAAAAGAAAAUAUCAAGGUACAAACCAAACAUUCGUAUUUACAACCAUAUAUGGUGAACCAAGGUUGUUUAGACCAACAGGCGCAAAUAGAUAUUUCUAUUUGUGCUUGAAUGACUUACUUGCACUCGGUGGGGGUGGAAACUUUGCUUUGUGCCUCGAUGAAGAUCUGUUAAGUGGAACUAGUGGUCCCUGUGAAACAUUUGGAAACUUGUGCUUGGCGCAUAAACCUGAGUUUGAAUUGAAGAAUCUUGAGCUGUGGGGGUUUACACAUUCAUCAAAGUACGUGGCCUGAUGCAAUGCUGGGAUGCUUUCUUCAUUUUGUCUCGUUCUAAAACAUUUAGUAUCCUCAUUCUUUAUUCGUACCAUCGACCUCCAUUUUGAUCCAGGAGGGCUCUGCCUUUGCCUCAAGUAAUAUGAUGAAACUUCUAUUCGUCAGUCAUUAUUAUUAUUAUUGUUUUUAAUUUUUUGAUAUUUCCAAACAAAACCAAAAAAGAGAAAAAGAGAAAAACGUUGUAACAAUGACAUAUUUGAUAAUAGAUCUGCUCUAUUUGCCU